AUGGGAACCCCUCUAACCUGUGGGGGGGGGCUGUGCAGGGGCCACUGGGACCUGGGGGGCCGGGCCGCCGCCGCCGCCCGCUGCCCGGGGGCCUCUUGCUGCGGGACCUGCCACGCCCGCUACUGCUGCGGGGCGCGGCCGGACCGCCUGGACCAGGACGCCUGCCCCGACCCGCCCCCCCCCGCCCGGCGCGCACGGAGGGGGGGGAGGCCCCGGGGCCCCCCCAAGGAGGCCGAGGUGGAGGACGGAGGGGGGGGCGCCGAGACGCCCCCCAGGCCCCUCCCCCAGAUCAUGAUGCCGAGAAACAUGACGGCAGCCGACGCCCUCAAACCCCCGCUGGGCGCCGCCCAGGUGGCCCCGCCCCCGGGCCGGCAGGUGGACGUCGACGUCUGCAGGGGGUACUAUGACGUGAUGGGUCAGUUCGACGUCACCUUCAACUGUACCAAGGACACCUACCUGUACUGCUGCGGGUCGUGCCACUACCGCUUCUGCUGCGAGCACCAGCGGGACCAGCUGGACCAGGACUCCUGCAACAACUACAAGUCCCCCAAGUGGGCGACCACGCAGACCGCCUCCACCCCGCCCACCGGCAACCGCCUUUCACCCGACUUCGAGACGCUGCAGCAAAACAGCAGCAGCACGGCCUAUGUGAUUGGAGGGGUGAUCUCCUUCACGCUGGUGGUUGCCGUAGGGAUCAGGAUCGCCUUCAGCAAGGUGUCGCGCCGAGCCCGCCAUCGAGACAUGCCCAGGGGGUUGGUGGACAUCCUGCGUCACCAGUCCAGCCCGCUGCAGCAGGGCCAGAGGGGCGGGUCCACGCUGCUGUCGGCCACGCCCACCGGCCGCUCCGGCAAGGCGCUCUACACGCCCGUCCAGCAGGGCAAAGACAACCGGCUUGGGACCAUGCACCACCAUCUGAAUCCCCGUGGGGGCGCCAGCCCUAAACACUCCGCCUCCCUCGAGCGAGGGGGGGGCCCUGGCAGACUGGCCCCCCAGAUGCCCCCUGCAGCGACCCUCCUCUCCAGCGGGGGUCUGGGGGCGGCUCUCGGAGGGGGGGCGAUCAAGCACAGCAGCGGAAGCUUCAGCUCGCGCCCCCCCGCGCGCGGCGCACCUCACCCCUCCUUCUCCCACUCCUUCCACAACCUGGCCCAGCUGCCCCCCCCCCUCCACGACCCCCGCUACAGCUCCCUCAAGAGGCUGGAGAGGGACCUGGAGGACUACUCCUCUGGCUACUACAGCUCGCGGCGGCGCCCCAACGGCCCCCCGACCCACCACUCCUCCCAGCACCACCUGCCCUGGGGCGGGGGCGACUACACCCUAGACUACGCCCCCGGCGCCCGCGGGACCCUCCCCCUCCACGGCUCCAAGCAGCGCCUCCACCAGUCCGGCGCCACCCCCAACCCCUACCCCCUGCCGGCGGCCCCGCCCCCCGGCCCCGCCCCCCGCCCCGCCCCCCGCUACGGCGGCUCCUUCGAGCGGCCGCCGCGGCGCGUGCGGUCCCAGGACCAGCUGCUGAUGCUGGGGGAGGGCAACACGCUGGGCCGCCUGGGCCCCCCCCAGGGCCCCCCCCAGGGCCACCACUACCAGAACCUCCAGAGCAGCCAGAGCCACGGCCCCCCCCCACAGCAGUACUACAGGGAGAGGGCAGCGGCCAGGACCCCCUCCUCACAGACCCUACGCAGGUCCCACGAGCGGCUGCUGGUGUCGCCGGACCGUCUGGAGGACCGCCUCUACGGCCAUGCCGUCUCCGGGGGCGACCGCGGCUUGGGGGGCGGGGGGGGGGGCGUGCCCACCAUGGGGCGGCUCAGCCACCAGAAGGCCCAGUCCCAGCAGAACAUCUGCGCCACGCCCACCCCCGACCGCCACCACAUGGUCAAGAUGAACUCCCACCCCACCUCGGGCCACGGGGGGGGCUGGGAGCCCCACGGGGGGGCGGGGCCCCAGGGGGGGGGCUGGGAUCCCCACCAGGGCGGGGGGACCAUGGGGGCGGGGCACCCGGGCGCCCGCAGGAUGGCGUUCGCCACCAAGCGCCAGAGCACCGUGGAGCAGCUGCACUACAUCCCUGGGGGGGGCGGGGGGGGCGGGGGGGGGCAGGGGCUGAGGACCGCCAGCAAGAACGAGGUCACGGUGUGAGGGGGGGGGCAGGAGAGAAGCCCACCGGAGCACUGACGGAGAGACAGAGGGGAGGGGGGAGGGCACAUCCUCACAAGCCUAACUCCACCCCUGCCAACCGCUUCCCAGAGAACUCCGCCCCCGGUAACCGCAUCCCUGGAAACUCCGCCCACUUUAACGUGUCGCCCGGUAACUAAGACCAAAGUAUUCUUGUUCUUGGUAACCAAUACCCUGGUAACUCCGCCCCCUGGUAUUAACUACCCUGGUAACUCCGCCCCUCUGGUAUUAAAUACCCUGGUAACUCCGCCCCUUGGUAUUAACUACCCUGGUAACUCCGCCCCCUGGUAUUGACUACACUGGUAACUCCGCCCCCUGGUAUUAACUACCCUGGUAACGCCCCCCCCGGUUCCCCAGGA